AUCAUAUGAUGUCAGCCUUCUGCAAAUGCUGCAUCUCAGAAUGCAUAUAAAAUCAACGAUUCCACAAUAGCUACUCAUUCGUUAGUCUGUGCUCACGAGGAAUACUGAACAACAUGCUCAAAUACGUGACAGUUGUGUGCGUUCUCGCCGCGCUAUGCGCCGCAGCUCCCCAAAACCCCCAGGACGUCCAAAUCCUGCGGUUCGACAGCGACGUGCAGCCCGAUGGAUAUAGCUUUGCGUAUGAAACCAGCGAUGGCACUUCAAGACAAGAAGAGGGCAAGAUCGACAACCCUCAAUCUGAGAACGCAGCACUGUCUGUGAAAGGGCAAUACUCCUACGUAGCUCCUGACGGCAAGCACUACACUGUGACAUUUACCGCUGACACAGAAGGAUACAAACCCAAAACCUCCCUUGGACAAAAAUAGAUUAAUCAAUUAAUAAAACUGGUAUUAUAGUAGGGGAGCCGAAGAGCCAAUUUUGGGAUUUACUCGAGCAUGUGAAUGAACAGGACGAUACCUUGGAUAAUUUUGAGCACCUUAAUUUCCACGAGCUGAAGUACUAAAAGUCUUUACAAUCUUUAUAUGAUUUUACUAGUGAAAGCGGAAAUGUUGACAAUUUAUUAUCUACUCUUAUCAUCUAAUGUACCAAAUCUAAUAGGUUUCCGAUGCUCGAGUUAAUCUACAUUUUGAAUCAUGGACUCCCUUACCAUUAACUUAGACCGUGUAAAUAACUAAAAACCCUGGUCGAAGCCAGUUCCGUCGAUACUAACACAAUAUAAUACUCGAUCUCAGUUAUAACUGUGUUUUGCACAUCCGAUGAGUAAUACUGUAUCUAACUGUGCCAUAGGUUACGUUUUUUUUUAUUUUUACACUUUUGUAUCGAAGCUUUCCUAAAGAAUACAUAAAUUAAAGAUAAUAAUUA